GACAAUAGGAAAAUGCCUUUUUCAUCUGAUUUACUCUUUAGGAGCUCCAGACAGCAUCAAGACACCAUGGAUUCACUCAGUGGACCAAUCAGCCACUUCACAGUCGAUCUGUACCAACAGAUCAGACAGACAUCAACCGGGAAGAAUAUCUUCUACUCCCCCCUCAGCAUCAUGUCAGCCUUUGGCAUGCUUUACUUGGGGUCCCGAGGAAACACUGCUGCACAACUUCAGAAGGCCCUUCACUUUAAGGAAGUCGCAGAGAACCCAACAGCAGGAGCCACAGCGGAUCCCGCUGAAAAUCCAGAAAAUCAUCACUUUCAAAAGCUUCUGACUGAAUUAAACAAACCCACCGACGCCUAUGAGCUGAGCGUCGCCAACAGGCUCUAUGGCAGAAAGGAGUUUCCCUUCCUUCAGGUGAGUUUCCCUGGCCUGCCCACACCUUUCAUCCGCAUCCUGGUCCUCGGCCCCCCGGUCUCCAAAUGGGGGAGGAGAGGCAGGGGAGCCUGGCUGACCCCCACGGAGAGCAUUUACCCCGGAGACAUUGGGCUCCCGCACCACAACCCACCCUCGGGUUGUCCCAGAUAUGGUGACUUGUGUGAAUGUUUAAUGAUUAGUUGUAACUUUCAAAGCAUCUUCGAGAAAAACCACUUGUGCAUUCAGGAAGACCUUCCAUUUUCUUUCUUUGCAGGAAAAAUCAAGGAUCUAUUUCCCAACGAUGCUAUUGACAGCUCCACCAUUCUGGUGCUGGUGAACGCCAUCUAUUUCAAAGGGCAGUGGCACCAGAAAUUUAAGGAAGAAAACACUGUCGAGGAAAAAUUUUGGCUGAGCAAGGAUAGAAGCAAAUCUGUGCAGAUGAUGAAAGAAACCAACGACUUCAAUUUCGCCUCCCUGGAGGACAUGCAAGUCAAGAUCCUGGAAAUACCGUACAAAGGCGGGGAGCUAAGCAUGAUGCUGCUGCUGCCCAAUGCAGUAGAUGGACUGCAGAAGCUGGAAGAUAAACUCACUGCUGAGAAAUUAUUAGAGUGGACGAGCUCACAGAAUAUGAGGAAGAGUCAAGUGGAUUUACACUUACCUCGGUUCAAAGUUGAAGAGAGCUAUGACCUCAAGGGCAUACUGGAAGCCCUGGGGGUGGUGGACGCCUUCAGUUCACAGGAUGCCGACCUCUCGGGCAUGACCAAGAAACACAGGCUGGUGGUGUCUAAAGCCGUGCACAAAUCCUUUGUGGAGGUGAAUGAGGAGGGCACGGAGGCCUCAGCGGCCACAGCCAUAGUAAUUCGUGAAACUGCAGCAUUACGUUAUGAACAUUUCCAUUGUGAUCACCCCUUCCUGUUCUUCAUCAGACACAACAAGACCAACAGUAUCCUCUUCUUGGGCAGACUCACUUCCCCUUAGAUGUGGUUACCCUUGCACGGCCCUAGGGGCACAUGCACAGAGUCCUUCUGAUACACUGAUUGCUGGAAGCAACAGGUUCUCCUUGAUGUGUUCCCCUUUUCAACCUCAUGGUCAUCACUAAGAAUCCAACCACUGAUACAACAUGUCUGUC